UAUAUAAGGUUAUUGGAAGAAGGUAGAAGGUAUCUAGUAGCAAUCUUUAACUACAGAAUGAUGAAAAUCGCAGUUUUCCUAUUUGUUGCCUCUGUUGCCGCCCAAGGGACAACGCCUGAAGGUGGUGCCCCUCAAGCUCAAGAAAACCCCCUCUGCCUUGACCCUAAGAUGAUGGCUGCUAUGUGCUCAUACAACACAGAACUCGGAGACAAGCUGGAAAAGGCUCACACCCAAUGUGCUGCAGCUCCUGCCCCCGAAACCAGAAGACGCAAAGGAAAGGGCAAGGGCAAGGGCAAAGGAAAGGGCAAAGGAUCCGCAGAGAAGAAUGAAUGUACCAUCAACAUGGAGAUGAUUGGAACUUUCUUCCAAGAUGUCUGGGAUGCAAAAGCUUGCGUUCUCUCCUCCACUGGAUGGUUGGAUGCUGAGGAGCAAAUUGAUACUGAGGCUAUGAUGGCUGAUAUCAAUACUCUGCCCCCUGCACUAGCACUGUCAAUUCAAGACACCCUUCCCCUUUGCAUGAACAGAUCAAUGGAAGCAACUCUAGAGAAUGUCUUUUCUUCAAAUGAAUUUGGAGCAGAUACAGCUUUCCAGGGGGCUGGAGACAGUUCAAGCUCUGAAGAAAAAUGCAGUAUCGAUCUUACACCUGAAGAGCUUUACGCCAUUGAGUUGAAUCUCCAGAAGCUCGCUUUCUUCCGUUGCGUCCAUGAGAAUUUUAUGGAUGGAUGUGGAAACUACAUUCUUGAUACUGUUACCCAGAUGAUGGGAAGUAUGGCUGAACCUACUGCAGAAGAUGCCAUUAUUCCUAUUGCUGCCCCUGAGGAAAUUAUAACAACUGCUGCCCCUUAGGAAACUACAACUACUGCUUGAAGAAAAAGAGUAUCUACCCCCUACGACUCCAACGGAUGCUUCACAUGCUUAUGGACAGAUACACCGAUCAAAAUUUAUUUUUAGAAAACAUCUUCUGUAACAUUUAUUGUUGAAAUUGUAAGUUUAUCCGUAAUAUAUGAUUCGAAAUCUAAAA